GAUACACCACAAUCAGCAUUAAAGAACCCGGUCACACCAGAUCAUAGGAACCACUCGACGUAGAUAGACCACCAAGCUGUGACAACGGGCUGAACCAGACUUCAUGAACCACCGACUAGUGAUGAUCACCAGGACGGCGUUCGCUGGCCUCGAGUGACAUUUCCGAGGGCAAACCGUGGUUCAUGACGAGCUAGCUAGUUGCGGCAUGAAGACAUGGCCCAGUUCUUUCGUACCUUCACGACGGCCGGGUUGCGACUAUAGUCUUAACGCUGUAAUAGGUAGCAAACUGAAUGACCGACAAAAGCCCUGAAUACCUGGCCCAGUCCAAGGCGGUUGGUAUCUACAUUGCCUAUGCGCUCCCUAUUCCAAUCGCAAUCGUCUCCACGAGCGUGCGGAUAUGGGCUGAGUAUCGCCAUCAUCGAACACGGCUGGCCUAUGACGACUAUCUGAUGCUUCUGACUACGACCAUCAAUGUUGCCUACUGCAUAGUUGCCAUGGUGCUUGGACCGCAGUAUGGACUGGGGAGACACCGCGAAGUCGUCUCAGACGAGAUGCUCAAAAUGAUCAUGCUGGGCGACUACAUCCUCAGCUACAUGUACCAUGUCGGCAUCGUCACCACUAAGCUGUCCGUGCUGGCCCUAUACCACCGGGCCUUCCCCUCUGUCACAUUUCACAGAAUCAUCCUCCUCACCGGCACGGUUGUAUUCAUGUGGCUGCUCGCCAUGGAAUUCGUGCUUGCAGGGAUAUGCCAGCCCGUCCGGAAAUUCUGGGAUGACGCCGUGCAAGGCACCUGCAUCGACAUAUGCGCAUUCGGCCAGUUCAAUAACUACUUCAACCUUAUUGCAGAUGUGUGGAUCUUUGUGCUUCCACUCCCGAUCAUCUCGAGGCUGCGGAUAUCCACGAGGAAGAAAAUCGGCCUGGGCUUUGUUUUCUCUAUCGGUUUGGCAACUUGCGGUCUGAGCAUCGCGCGCGUCACAUUUGUUAAAACUGAAUGUGGAGGGAACACUCCAUGGAAAAUGCCCCCACUUCUUAUCAUGUCGGCCUGGGAACCACUCGGUGGAAUACUCUGUGCCAACCUGCCGAUCAUGUAUAAACCGGUAGCCAAGGCAUUCCGUCGCCUGACGGGCAUGCGGCCUUCUGAGGAAUCAGUCGAUGGACGGCGCACCUGGUACAGGUAUCACUUUGACAAGGCGAUCAGACAGAAGAGGAACGUUCAGUUGGAGGUUACGACGGCGGAUGACAGCUAUACGAAUACCGUUGAUAUCGAGACGGUUGAUUCCAGGGGAGGGUUGUUGGAUAGGGAGAUUGUUCAAAAUGACUCUACUUUGGAAACGCCCAAGUGAACUGAAUGAGAUAUUGUAUAACUAAAGUUGGUAUAUAGGAAACUGCUUUAAACACCCCCCUCCACAACCGCCCCCGGAAUCUUCCCAUUCUUGAAUUCAUCCACCAUCUGCUCCAUCGUCACCCACUCCACACCCUCAUGCGAAUUGAUAUACUCGAUGAUGUUCUCAUGCAUCAGGAUAACCUGCGGCUUGCCACUAACCUGCGGAUGGAUAGUCAUGGGGAAGAUGAACGUGUCGUACUCGCGAUAGCAGUAAUCAAACUGCUUCUUCCACAGAUUCUCAAUAACAUCAGGGCUUACAUAUCCCUGAGCAGUAUGUGCCUUGAAGCUGACCACGAAAGGAGGCCAGUCGUCCAGGUGCCAGUUUGCUGGGAUCUCCACGAUUUUGCUGGGAGUGAGCUUGGACAUGGGCUCCAUCCAGGUCGAGGCGGCGUUUUUGACGUCUGUU